CUGAAGGAGAGAAGUCAAACUGUUCUUGAAUGCCCUGAAGGACAGUAUGUGGGUUUCACGUUUGGAGAAUAUUUUACCAAUGAAUUUUCUGCAGAUGUUACAAGAACUCUUCAAAUUAAAUGUUGCAAUAAAAGAUCAUGUUUAAUAGAAGCAACAAAUUCCUUUCUUGGAGGUGACCCCCACGUUGGGCGUAUUAAGACACUUAGAUGGAAUAUGACAUGUGAAGAUAAUCUUGGAAUGUGUGGAGGCCAUCCUUGUGGAAAUGGAACGUGUACAAAUAAUUGCGUGUCCUUUUCAUGCACAUGUUUUUCAGGGUACAAUGGAAAUCAAUGUGAAUUUGUGAACAAAAAUGCUCGUCUUGUUGAGGGAUGUAAUUUAGAAGUGUAUGGCUUGCUGACUGCACUCAUAGUUUCACUUCUGAUACAUUGCGGAUUCCUUACGAUGUACUUUUUAAGAUUAAGGCGAAAAAGAAAGGACAUCUCCACUGGUACCACUCCGGAGUAUGCUAAUGUGAAGACAGGGAAGGCAUCAACUGACCAUCCGAAUCAGGAGAAGACAUCAACGGAGAUCAACAUUUAUUAUGAAGCAUUACAUAACAAUACAAGUGUACAGGAUGCACAUAAUUAUGCGUCAUUAGUAAAAUGAGAAAGCAGAACAGAAGGAUACAUUAUACAACGGGGCUUGCUAAAGUUGAAGGACCCUCUUCAAAGCGAGAUAUCUCGAUGACUUUGAUUUUUUUAUCUUCAUGUAUGAUUUGUGUCCAAUUUUUCAAAAUGGGAAAUGAAUAUUGACAUAGUGUAAUAAAUUACAUUAAAUUUACAUUAAAUUUAACGAGUAAGAUAUUUUUUAUGUACAGCUAAA